AUGGAGGAUGUAUCCAAUGAGGAUUCAAAGGAUGAAGAGUUCCAAGAAGAAGAAGAGGAACAAGAAGAGCAAUACAAGGAGGAGAUGGAAGGAGAGCGUGAAUCUGAGGAGGUCAUGGAGGAUUCUGACCAAAACUCACAACUUUCCAAUCCUCAAGAGGAAGAGGAGAUGGUUCCCUACUCACUGGAUUUGCCGACGGACAAAGAAAGUAGCAAAAACUUGGAGGAUCAGAUUAGGGAGCUUAAGGAGAGAAUCAUGAAACUAGAAGAAAAAAUUAAUGACUACAGGAAGCAUUUUGAUAAUAUAUGUGAGGCAUUUGAUUCUCUCUACACCAUCACUGAUGGUAUCAUGAGAAAGGCUGCAAUGGGGUUCAUGCUAGGACAAAGCAAGAUAAAGAAGAAAGCAAGAAAGCUAGAAAAGGAAGGGAAGAUGGACGAGGACAUUGAAGAUAGGGAGGACAAUCAAGAGGAUACUUGGGUGAAUAAGGUUAAUAGACAUCAGCGAAAUUAG